AUGGAUGACGAUGUCGAUGCGGUCGAUAUCGAUGAUAAUGAUGACGACGAUGCUGGUAUAUUUAGCAUCGCCAAUGGCUGCCAAAGUGAGGACGAUGACACCCCCACUGGUGAAGACAGCGUUCGUUCAGCAGUGCACACGAAGCGCACUGCAUUUAAAAAGGAUGAAUCAGCAGAGGAAUUUCUGCUGACUCCCGAAGCGGUUGUCCGCCUCGUUCAAGACUCUACCGCGGAUGCACUAGAUAGACAGAAAAAAACGCAGACAAACGUGGACGAGCAAAUGUUCUUUCAUUUAAUGAAGGAGACCUAG